CACGUGACCCCUUGACGAAGCGAGCGUGGAAUGUAGCGUUGUUUUUCGUAGCUUUGUUUUUCGAGCGCCAUCUUCACUGCCGAUCUGCGGAAAGAUGAUUGCUCGAUCCUUAGUCACGAUAUUUCUCUUGCUAUUCUGCUUUAGGUAUUCCUUAGCAGCAAUUGACACUGAGGGAUACUUUGAUGGCAAUGCCUAUGCAGAGUACUUACUGCAUGACCAAGAUGAAAAGAUUGACUCCCCUAAGAACACUAUAGAGCUGCAGUUCCGUACAAUUCAACCAAACGGGCUAUUGCUACAUGGCAGUAGCUCUGGAGAGGAGUAUGGGGACUAUUUUACUAUUGAACUUAUCGGUGGCAAGCUCAGGUUUGCCAUAAGUUUAGGACGAAGACAGGGCAUAGAUGACAUGGUUAACAUGACCCUUGGGGAUGGACUCGCAGACAACAAAUUCCACACGGUCCUCAUUGAGCAUAAUAAUCGUGAAGUAUGGCUUUUCCUGGACCAGCUCACCCGGGAUGACAAGAGGCGAAGAAUAGAAACCCGAUACAAGCAACUCACUCUUGAUGAGUUCUUCUUUAUUGGUGGAGCUCACGAUAUGAAAAGGAUUAGAGAUGUGAUUUCUGGAGCUAACUUCCAAGGCUGCCUUAAGGGUGUUAGAGUCAAUGGGAAAAACAUCCUUCAAGCCUUAAGCGGCGAUGCCACAACACUAAGGAAGUAUGAUGUCAAGGAGACGUGUGAUGACGAGGUGUCUUUUGAACCAAUGACCUUGAAUGGCAGGCUUGGUCAAUUCUCAAUUGGGACACAGACUGCUAUCAACAAGUUCAGGGGGAAGCUGUCAUUCCGCACAUACAAGUCAUCUGGCACUGUCCUUUCCAUGAAUGAACGUUUCUUUCUCAACUUCACCACUGAAUCAAUCUCCCUAGUUGUUCUCAUUGGAAAAAGCCUUACUCUUGUGUCACAGCGUCAGAUGUUCCAAUACGCCCCUCUGAACACUGGUAUGUGGCAUCAUGUGGAGUUUGAGAUUGGUCCAAUUGCCGUUUGGAUCAAUGUUGAUAAAAUGGUGGAUAUGAGACCCCCAAGUGCCGAUCUACCUCAAAAUUUCUUCAUUGGAAGUGUGCAAAUUGGAGGAGAUUUUGUUGGCUGUGUCUUAAACAUAGAACUAAAUGGUGUUAAAUUUGAUCCAAAAUCUCUAUCACCAACCGAGUACAUUGAAGUUGGCACAUGCCAUAUCACAGAUUUCUGCUUCCCAACUGUGUGCCAGCAUGGCAGCAAGUGUAUCCAGGAUGGCAAGACGUUUGGCUGUGACUGCUUGAACACUCACUACAAGGGAUCUGUCUGUCAGUUUUCCCAAUAUUACCGCACAUGCUAUGAGCUGCAGCUAGAGUAUCCUGAGCUGGAAACUGGCAACUACACUAUUGACCCUGACGGUUCAGGUCCUGAGGAGCCUUACCAAACCAUCUGUAACAUAACCACUGAGCUGGACUGGUUUGGUGAUGAGAUCUCACGAGUGUGGACUGAGGUGUUGACGGAGGACUGGAACGUGCUCCUUCAAAAGUACCCCCCAGAGGAAGCCCAGAAACCUGAAUCUGUCAUCCGAGAUAUUAUGUACAAGCCAACUUUCUUGUCAGCUCAGAUGGUAGCUAUGGCGAGCGAGUACUGCAAACAGUUUGUGGAGUACCUCUGUACUGGGUCAAGAUUGCUGAACAGCCUCAACCCUGCAUAUGGCCACUGGGUGGGGUCCCAUGGACGGCACUACUACUACUGGGGAGGAUCCGGCCCGCAGUACCCUGGCAAGUGUGCCUGUGGUGUCAGAGGUGACUGUCUGGACAACAAGGGCUGUAACUGUGAUGCUCGUCGCAGCACCCUCGAGAGUGAUGAAGGGUACUUGUUUGGCAGCAAUGGUCAGAUUCUACCUGUAUCACAAGUCUUGUUUGGUGAUGUGGAUAUUGAUUCUGAUCACUAUGCAAACUAUACUGUUGGACCCCUCUUGUGUUAUGGUCGACCUAACAACACCGCCACCUUCAGCCGCGAGGACGGGAUCAUCUCUCUUCGCUACCGCGAGGGUUCCUUGGAUGGGGAAUAUGGAGACGUGUCGCUGUUUUUCCGAACCCCCUACACUCGUGGCAUCUUAUUCCAUCAAGGCGAGAAGACAAGAAACACUAGGGACUUUAUCCAAGUGAACAUCACCUCCAACGACACCGUUCAACUGUCGUACGACAUCGGCAAUGGACCCCAGUCGAUCGUCGUACAGGUCACCGAGAAUCCGCUGAACACGAAUCGUCUGUGGCACAAGGUUGUGGUGUGGUUCAACAUCAAGGAGUUUGGUCUGGAGGUCGACGGGAUUAGGAAGAUCAGACUGAACCCGCUGCAGCAGAGCAAACAGCUCGAUGUGGUGGGGAAUCUCUUCAUUGGUGGCUACAUGAGGGAAAUGAUGAACGGCUUUGUAGGCUGCAUCAGAGGAUUUACUAUCAAUGGAGAAGUUCUCAACUUGGCCAGGCUCUCUAAGGAUUUCGACUAUGUGAAUGAAGGAUGCUACUCUGCCUGCAACAACGAGACACAGUGUAAAGGUGGAGCCCGAUGCACUGAUGACUACAACAUCUACAAAUGCGACUGUCACCUCACACCAUUCUAUGGCUAUUUCUGUGAACAAGAUCUCGGCGCGGCGUUCAAGGAGACUGACAGCUACCUGCGCUACACGUUCCCUGAAGGCGAGCGAGACGCGUGGGGCACAGACUUCGCCGUUGGCUUCAAGACUGGUCAGUGUUCCGGAACCAUCAUGGAAAUGACCAGUCACACCCAAGGGCACUAUUUCCGUAUCUCCAUCCAGGACGACAACAAGCUUAUCUUCAAGUACAACACCGCGGCUGGUGACGGCGGCAAGGAGAUCCUCCCGCCUAAAGGCAAGUCUUUCUGCGACAACGAACGCCACACUUUCUCCAUGGAACGUAAAAAGGACCUGCUAAUCUACCGAGUUGACGGUGGACCGGAAAUGAGAGACAGUGGAGAACGUCUGACAAAACCCUUCGAGCGACCGAAGCAGCUGCUGAUCGGUGCAACUGGAGAGGGACGGUUCGAGGGGUGCAUCUCAGGGGUGAAGAUCACGAACUGGCCAACCGAGAAAAUCAUGGGCCCAACGAUAGAGCCAAUCAAACAGCUCCUGUAUGACAAUGACGACACCAACAUUGUGGCCAAGGGCGUGUCCAAGUCCAAGUGUGGUCAGUGGUACGACGUGCCAUCCGUUCCCACCCGUCCCAUCCCUGGUCCUCAUGGUGCGGCCACGCCCCCACCUGGACCCCCUGGCGGCCCCGAAGAGCGCAGGUGGAGGGUGGACGAUGAGUACACCGCCAUCAUCGUUAUCAUCGUGUUGUUGGUCGUCUUGUGUAUCGUGGCGGCUCUGGUGCUGGUUUACUGGUACUACACCAAGCGUAAGGGCGUGUACCACACAUACGAGGACGAGCCCCUAGCCAAGAACAAUGAGCCAUUCAUCAGUCUACAGCCCAUGGGCGGAGAAGAACCCAAGCCCAAGAAAGAAUGGUAUAUCUAGAUGAUACCCUAACAACAACUUGAGCGGAGUCGUGUGAGUCCAAGAAAAAGUGGUGUAUCUAGAUAACUUCACCAAUAAAAUAACAGCCACUCAAGUGAGCCCAAGAAAGAGUUGUAUAUCUAAAUCACUCCACCCAUGACGUGACAACCACUCGAGCUCAGUCAAGUUUUCUACGAAGUCAGAAAAUAUUCUGUCAAAUUUGAGCCCUGUAAAAUAUAAUAACGUGUUUCUGUAACUCGAGUCAUACUGUAAACAUUCAAAAGAAAUAAUAGCGCCGCGAAUCUUACAAACAAACUUUUCUUACUGGAUUUGCUGUCUUCACAUUCAGAUGUCAUCCAAUCCAGUUUUUUUAACAAUUUAAAUAAUAACAGAUAGCUUAUAGCGUAGACUAUUUCAAUAAAUGUACGCACCCAAAGUUUUUUUCUAAUAUUUUAAAAGACUGGUAGUGUGGCAGUUCCUAUGAAUGUUCGGCAUACAUAUGUUUGGUGUAUAGCUAAUGCAAUGUUUACAUUCAAGAUUAUAAAAGACACACAAGAGGUUGUCCAGCCUACUUAGGGGCCGGCCAUUUUUUUAUUCUGACGGGGUCACUAAUCUGGCUUUUUUAUUUUCAAAUCUAGGUUUGCUUUCCUAUCCGUCAGAUACCAAAUGACCGGUGCCUUGAGAAGUUUUUUUUUUCUUUCCUCGAUUUUAUGUGCGGUCUUUCGCAAUAACACUAGAGUUAGUAAACCACAAACAAGCUUGUACUCAUACAAUAUACGAAUGCCUGGGAAACAACACUGCCAUGAAUGUGUGCACUGGUUAAAAAAUUGUCGUACAUGCAUCAGUAUAUUAUCGGUAAGAUGCUCUUUGUAUAAUUCCUAUUUUAUUUGUAGUGCAAAGUUUUCAAUAUUUGUAAUUUUAAUAAAAACGUUUUUGUGAGUGA